AUGCCGUCAUUUAACAAGCAGUGUCUAUCAUUCCUGAUUGGUGAUGUAGUGCAUAAGACCCGUGCUCCAGUCUACAAAAUGGAGACUGACAAUUGCCCUGCUGUACAAGAGAAACCAACAGUUUCUUCAUGUUAUGGUCAACAGAAACACACUGCUUGUGUUAAACGUGCUGUAGUUGAGCCAGACUGUCGAAGGGAGACCCAAACGUCUGCCUUCGAGGCCACUGAAUCAGAAGACCUGGACUCGUUUCACCUAAUAGAGCCCCCACCUCUGGACUGGAGGUCAGACGACUCUAGUGAUGUGGGGUCAGUGGAGGAGUUGGAUGACUCCAUCUCCCACCCCACCCCAGGUCCUGAAUACAGUCUCUGUGAGGCUUUACUUUCACGGGAAACCCUGGGUGAGUGCCUGCUUCCCUUGGACACCGGUGACCCUCAAGCUUCUCCUGUCGUAGUCAUCCAGGAGGAUCUAAUUGACCGUCUGGCUACGGCUGGAACGCCACCCGAACAGGUCCUGGGUCCUAGUGAAGAUGAAGAAGGGGUGCCGGGGAACGAGGCUGAGGCCUGGAGGCCGGGGAACGAGGCUGAGGCCUGGAGGCCGGGGAACGAGGCUGAGGCCUGGAGGCCGGGGAACGAGGCUGAGGCCUGGAGGCCGGGGAACGAGGCUGAGGCCUGGAGGCCGGGGAACAAGGCUGAGGCCUGGAGGCCGGGGAACGAGGCUGAGGUCUGGAGGCCGGGGAACGAGGCUGAGGCCUGGAGGCCGGGUGACGAAGACCACACUCGGAUCCACCACCUGCUGAAUCGACUGCAGGUCGUUGAGAAAAGCCCGAUCCUGAGCGACUCCACCUCUGACCUUACGCCACCACAGUCGGACGUCUUGGAACCCUCUGAUGCUGAAGGCUCGUCUCUUCUGACUGAAAGGAACCCGCUGCUUCCGGAACCGAGCCAGGCAUCAGGGCUUCUGUUCUCUGAAAGCCACCAGAGAGACCUGUUAGGUCUGCUGGAGUGCACGGAGAUGAGGUCUCCCCGUCCCAGCCCCUCCCUCACCCAGACUCCUCCGUUCAGGAGAGGGGACAUGGAUGCGGUGGUGUCGGUCUCCUACAACCGGGAGGACGGAGAGCGGUUCUGGGACCACUUUGGGAAUGGUGGGCGACCGCAAGACAGGGCAGAGUCCAUGGACUCUUUCCUGGAGGACGAGAUCCCGGAGCCUGUGUGGAUGAAGUUAGGGGAGGACGCCCCAGAGGAGGUGGAUGAUGCAGAGAACAUUGAGCAGGCAGGUUUGGGCCCGGAUGCCCGCCCAGCCUAUAAAGAUGUUCCUGGCCCCUGUGACCCGGAGGACCUUUUGGAUGGGGUCAUAUUUGGAGCUAAGUACCUGGGCUCCACCCAGCUCAAGUCUGACAAGAACCCUUCUACAAAUGCCCGCAUGAAACAGGCACAAGAGGCUGUGGACAGGAUCAAAGCCCCUGAGGGAGAGUCCCAGCCAAUGACAGAGGUGGAUCUCUUCAUCUCCACUCAGCGUAUCAAAGUGCUCAGUGCAGACAACCAGGAGGCCAUGAUGGACCAUCCUCUCCAGAUGAUCUCCUACAUUGCAGACAUUGGUAACAUCGUGGUGCUGAUGGCUCGCCGGAAGCCACCAGGAGGGCGUAAGGGCCAGGAGGGGGACCCCGCCGGAGCCAACUCCCCUGGACCACAGAAGAAGUGCUGCAUGAUCUGCCAUGUCUUCAACUCAGACGACGCCCAGGUGAUCGCCCAGGCUAUUGGCCAGGCCUUUGGGGUGGCCUACCAGCAGUUCCUCCAUGUCAACGGCAUCAAGGCCAGUGAGCUGAGGCCCAGCGAGUACAGUGACUACCUGGGGACACAGGAGCUCUUCAACGGAGACCUGGUGCACUUUUCAGAUUCGGAUAACAUCAGAGAGGUGUGUAUCUCCAAGGCUCCAGGGGAGAUUGUGGGUAUGGCGGUGGUGGAGUCGGGCUGGGGCUCCAUCCUGCCGACCGUGGUUGUGGCCAACCUUCUGCACGGUGGCCCUGCGGAGCGCUGCGGGGCCCUUAGCAUUGGUGACCGCGUCAUGUCCGUCAAUGGCACCAGCCUUGUGGGCCUUCCGAUAGCCAGCUGCCAGAGCAUCAUACGGGACUUGAAAAACCAAGCAGAGGUGAAACUCAGCAUCGUCCAUUGCCCUCCCGUUACCAUGGCUAUAAUCAAGCGGCCAGACCCCAAGUUUCAGUUGGGCUUCAGUGUGGAGGAUGGCAUUAUCUGCAGUCUGAUGCGUGGAGGCAUUGCGGAGCGAGGAGGCAUCCGGGUUGGGCACCGCAUCAUUGAAAUCAACGGGCAGAGUGUGGUGGCCACUCCCCACGAGAAGAUCAUCCACAUUUUGACUAACGCAGUUGGAGAGAUUCACCUGAAGACCAUGCCAGCCUCUACAUAUCGCCUCCUAACGGGACAAGAAGCGCCAGUAUUUCUCUGAGAACGGGAUGUAAUUAUGCUGCUGCUUCGGCAAGCGAGGAAGAAUACAGUUGUGAAUCUGUGUGCAUGCAAACUCACAGCCUCAAAUUGGACUUUUUAUAUAUGCAAUUGUACUGUACCAUAAGGCCUUUGAUACGUCUCUGAACAAGUUGGGGAUGGUCCGCCUAAAGAAAAAUUUUCAACGUAUGUCGGAAUAAUACAGCAUAUUUUAAGAAAGUUAUAUUGUUAAUGAAACAGCUUAUAUAUUUAUGUUUUAAAUGAAAUGGUAUAUGCUGUAGGAAAAGUGAGGAUAUUUCAUGACUAAACUAAUUAUUUCUGAACAAGAAAAGGCAUGAGCUAUUAAGUCUUCCGCUCUAUUUAGUUGCCGACGUGGGUCAGGUGAACUUGGGUACGGUCGGUAGUGAAGCCCCCCUUCUGUGCUUCCUGUCUCUGAACGAUGUAAUUUAGUAACAUGCCCACCAUCAGGCGACUACUACAUCAGUGUUAUUUUGGUAUCAUCCAUACGGUUUACUAAAAUUCUGACAUAUUCUGUUGUGCCAUUCUCUUGUACUCAUUUCAGUGCCUGUACGAAUUCUGAAACUUAGUUAUUUGCACAAUCUAAGGUUGCUGCCGACGUUCGAGGCAUAUUUUUAAUGAAUGCCGUUUCGGAUGUUUAUUAAAUUGAUCAAACUUCA